UGUUGAUGUGUUGGUAUUUCGCGAGGGUGUUCGGUGGUGAAUGUUGUCAGAGGCUGCACGAUGCACGAGCUGCUCAAGCAUGUGCUCACGGAGCGGGACCUGACCCGCGCCGGCGACCUGUUCGCGGUGCCUGACGCGGACAUCGUCAAUGACCUGAAUGAAGUGCUCAAACAAAUAACUGAGAUAUCAUCUCGACCGGACUAUGUACGAAAUGAUAGAGACCAAGCUCUAAUAGAAAUAUGUGUCACCCGAGUCACAUCAUGUAUCAAGGAGACGGCUACCCUGGACAAGUACUGUGGGGCACUUGUGGCGUUGCUGGAGUCCUGCUUGCAUCAUAACCUGAUGCCAUUGGGGCAUUUGAGGGACGAUGAUCCUCCACAUGCAAAGAUUGCUUCGGACAUCAUUGCUUGCAUAGUGCUGGUAUCCUUCCCAGUGCAAGCAGAUAAAGAGAACUAUGGCAACAAAUCCGUAAUGGAGCUAUUUCUGCCAGUUGCCGUUCAGUUUUUGCACAAGGGCAACCGUGAGAUAUCAAGGCACAUGGCACGAUACUUGUCUCUGGCAGCCAUUCAUCAUGCAGUGUUGUUGAAGCCACAUGUGCAAACUAUUAUGGACUCUAUUAUGACUGGCAACUAUCCUCUUUGCCGCAUAUUAACGAAUCUAUACGAAGUAUGUCCCGAACCGUUAGAAGGGCACACGACCGCGCUAGUAUCACUCCUACCACAUGCAGAACAAGGAGAAAAGAAUUCACUGUUCGCUUUAUUCGAACAGAUCGCCGUUCGAAGGCCUGAAGCGUUAAAAACCUGUGUACCGCAAUUGCUAUCUUAUUUGUGCCCGAACACAACUAGCCAGACUGAUCCGGGGUGUAUGUGCUUGGAUAUUCUUCAGCUAAUCAUAUGCCUGUCGCGCACGCGCGUUACGCUGGUAAUGGAACAUGGCGCCGCAGUGAAGCGGGCGGCGCGGGGGCCGCACGCCUCGCCGCAGGCCGUCGCGCUCGUCGCCGCAUUCUUAACGCAACUCGGCUACACCGGCAGGGAACGCGCCCAAGAAGCCCUCAACUUCGUUCUGGAGAGCUUGUCAACAGUCGACCGCGCGUAUCACGCUGCGCUGAUGCGCGAAGCUACCGCCCUGUGCAGUGCCUUCCCUGUACUCUUCACAGACAAAAUGCUUACCGUAGUGCGCUCUAAUCACAGUCGUCCAAAAUCAACAGUAUCAAGCGAAGUAAAUAGAACAUCAGGCGGAGUAACCAUAGUAAAACUCGGUGGUUUGUCCACCGUGCCAACGCCGGCGCCAGUCCCCCCCACUUCUGCCCCUGUGGCGCCAGUGGCUCCAACUGGGUACACAAGACGGGCCAAGUUGGGCGACUCUCGGAGUACAGGCCGAUUGCAUCCUGGGCCUAACUCGCAUCGGAGUAUGACUAGACUUAAUGUUGCCGGUGGUUCCGUGGGUGGCUUGCACAAAAGCAUGACCCGAUUGUCAUCUUCGCAACAAAUCAAUUCACAGCAAAAUAACGCUCACCAUGCAAGUACAGGUGUGAAUGGCAAAACAUCAACAGGCAGCAUAACAGGUGGCAGCAGCAACAAGUCCAGUGCAACCGUAACCCUCACGGCUGUGUCUCCCGUGUCGGCCAACAGCCGUCCGCUGCGGCCACUCACCGUCGGCGCGACUGCAGCACGAUCGCAUCAUCAUAACAUUAUUAUUGGGCCGUCCGCUUCCGCUAAUAAUUCUGCAAACCCGACAAUAAUCACCGGACCAUCUCCACUUCAAGCUCAAUCCAUCUCUGUCAACCCUCUCACCACGGGCAAGUCUAUAGAUGCUCUCACACCGAUCACCUCCUCGGUAUCAAUACAGCACUCUAACACCGCUCUGGGCCACGUCUCAGUCAUCACUUCAACAGCCAACACUGGUCCGGCUAUCAUCACCCAAGGCUCCGGACCAAUAUCCGUGAAUUCCAACCCAGUGUCCGUCUUGGGUCCAGUGACAGUGACUUCUAGGCGUGCAAAUAACACCAGUGUGACCAUGAUAAACAGUUCAAGUGGUAAUAAUAAUUCGAAUCAUAGAAUCAGUGUGUUUGAACCAUACCCGAUGAGGGACACAGUGCAACAUUUCUGUGAGAAGCAUUUGGAUAAAAUCAAAGCAUAUAUGGACCAUGUUUCGUUGAGGUUGCCGCCGCCGGCCAAGUGUACUAUUGAAGAGCGUCGCUCGAAGAAACUAGCCCGUCUGCAAUUCGCGUGUGGUCGCCGUGGUCCGCACUGCCUCUACGCGCGAACGUUAUUCUCGAUGCGGACUCGAGCACCGCGAGUGUGGAUACACCUCAUGUUCCUCGCACUCCAAGCGCGCCACGGCUCCGCCUUGUCCUCUAGAGAUCCCACUGUGGCCAGUUUGAAGCACUGUUGGGACACGCUCAAGUGUGAAAAUAAAACUUUUCUCACGCUUGUUACUAGUGCUUUCCCAGGUAUUAAGGAACAAGAAAUGCUCUUGAACGAGCUGCGAACUGCAGGAUUUUUCGACGUAUUCGAACUGAACACGACUCGGACCGACGGUGUUACCGUUCCACCGACUCAAGCCACGUGGGGUUGCUUCCUCUGCAACCACCCAGAGCGGGCCGUUGGGUUCCUCGCUGCCGAUGGCCAGCCGGUCAUCGAGGGACAGCUGAAGGAGAAGAAGGGCCGGUGGAGAUUGUUCAGGAGAUGGCGAACGAGAUACUUUACUCUGUCUGGUGCUCAUUUAUCUUGUAAAGGAUCGAGUGGCGGCGAAAGCAUAGACAUCAAUCAAAUACGAUCAGUCAAAGUGUCGCGAGGAGCGCGGAACAUCCCAAAAGCCUUCGAAAUAUUCACAGGAGAUCAGACCUUAAUCCUCAAACCUAAGGAUGGUAAGAAUGCUGAAGAAUGGGUGCAAUGCCUUAGCAUUGCCGUGGCACAUUCGCAGGCGAGAGAUGUGCCCGCUAAGGCCAACAGUUUGCCUGCUAGGGGGCUCACGUUGAAAAGCUUUUGAUUCAGGCAUCUUUCUGUUUUGCCUGGAUCUGAACACAAUUACUGGAUACAGUAUGGCUUAAUACAGUAUAAUAAUAUAGGUUCCGCAAUCCUAUAGUCCAUACUUCACGUUUAAAAGACAAAUUUUAACUGCCCAAUUAACCGUCCAAAGUAUAUUUGGCUUUUAGAUCUCAGUAAUUGAAAUUCCAUUUUUGGGAUUUUUCGAAAAUCCUUGUUACAUCAUAACAACUAAUAGGGAAAAGUUAUACGUGAACUAACACGUGUUUUUCUAUAUUAUAUGUGCUUACUAUGUGUUUUACUAACGUCUUGUUACGAUUCUGUUCACUUAAUAUGGCAUUGAGGAGUUCCG